AUUUCAUCCCCUUUUUCCCUUCCUUUCUUUUAUUUCCAUCUUCAUCUUCCCCCCAUCUAAUAAACUCUAUUAUCCCUAUCCCUACAAUCAUGUCCCACUACGACGAUCGCCAUUACCAUCCCCACCGCGAUCGAUACUCUCACUCCCACGACCCCUACUACUACCCCGAGUCCGGAAGCCAUUACACAGACCUCGCCCGUCCCCGGGAGAGUUCUGACUCUAUCGAAGAAGUGCCCCGCGAUUAUGUUCCCGGCCAGUAUGGUUCCGGUGCUGGGUAUGAAUACGGAUACGGGCCUCCCCCGCGGUCGUCGCACGUGCGCAGAUCUUACUCGGUGACUGGUGGUGGAAGAAGAGGAUAUUAUGAUGAUGAGGUGGAUGGGGAGUAUCGUCGUCCGCGUCAUCAUCGGAGUUCGAAAUAUGCGAGGGAGUCGAAGCGUGAUCGUGAUUAUCGGAGAUAUCCAUCUCGUUCGCCGUCGAGUAGUCGUUCGCCACCGCCGAGAACUAGGAGGCGGAAGUCUUUUGGUGAACAGGCGCUUGGGGCGUUCGGGCUGGGUAGUUCUACGUCUGCUGCUACUUCGUCGAAAAAGCAUCACCGUGAUAGUCGGGAUCCUCGAGGUCGAGGCCGUUCUCAUACCCGUCAUCGUCGGUCGUACUCGUACUCGCCAUCGAGGUCGAGGAGCAGAGGCCGUCAUCGUCAAAGCAAGAGCGAGCAGCGUAUGGCGCAGGCCGUGCAAGCGGCGUUGGCUGCGGGUGCGGUCGAAGCCUUCCGUCUCCGUAAAGAGCCUGGAGAGUGGUCGGGCGAUAAGGGGAAGCGCAUUUUGACUGCUGCCGUGACGGCGGGUGGUACUGAUGGUCUGGUGGAUAAGGACCCGCGCAAGCACCAGAAGCGACAUGUGAUUGAGUCAGCUCUUGCAGGACUGGCGACUGAUCAUUUCGUCAACGGGCCGAGGUCGAGGUCUAGAUCGAGACAUGGGAAGCAUAGCUCGAGGCCUAGUUCUGACCCGCAAAAACGGUCUAACAGCCAUAGCAAGGCUAAAAAGGCUGCUGCUACGGCGCUCCUGGCUGCUGCGGGUAAGGAGGCCUAUAAACGGUACCAGUCCCGGGGUCGGGGUCGGUCCAGUUCGCGGUCCGGUGAUGAAGGCUCUUCGGCGCCUCGUCACAGUAAGAAGCGGAGCAAGAGUGUUUCCGAAUACCUCAACCAGGGCAUGGCGGCCUUGGGUCUCGAUGAAAAAGACAAGAAGCGGAGUGAAAGACGGUCAGCCCGCUACGAUGAUGAGUACUCGGAUGAAGACCGUGAUAGUGGUUAUAAACCCAGGCAUCACCGAAGUUCCAGACAUGACAGCGAUGAUGACCAGGAUUACGACUAUGGAAGACGGCAUCGAAGCUCCAGGUACGACGAUGAUGACCGGGACAGUGACUAUGGAAGACGGCACCGAAGUUCCCGACAUGGAGGAUCUGCCAGAGAUUACUACCAAUGAAGAGUCAACGCGCAAGAAAAUGAACCGGGAGUCCCUGAUAGCUGCAGGCCUGGCAACCGUGGCUACCGUGCAUGCC